ACGGCUCGGUAUCAGACACUGGACUCGUGCGAUGCCAUCGACCUCUUUGACCGAUACGAGGAUGACUUGAGUGAGUUUGGCGUAUAUAUCGGCUCAAACACCGCUCCCAACGCAACUCACGUACGGAUACUCUAUUCAAAUGGAUUCAGAAAUGAAGGAAGUUUUUACGGCAUAGCUAUUGGUAUUGUGAUUAAGGGUCCGCUGGCGCUGUUGGGCGACGCAUACCUCGAGAUCCUGGAUCUGCCAAACUUUAGUCCAUAUAGUUGUCAGUCAGAGCCCGGUGUGACUCAAUUGGUUGGUUCCAGUGAGAAGAUCAUCGCCAAUCUGGACGUUCAAAACUUGCUAUCAAUCAUGGAUUUGGACUCAAUUAUCACUAAAAUAAGGAGCAAUAGACUCGUUGACUGUUUGGGCUGUAUUACAGUGCAGUACAGCCCCGGACUCGUGGCCAGUGAUGUGCUCACCAAUGAAGGCACUGUACAACCGGUCGAAGAAACGCAACCAAAACCCAAACUCAAGAAUUAUUUUAAAUAUAAUAACAAACGAAAGAUAUUUGUUGACAAAUUGGGC